AUGGGAAAAAGGCAAAUUCGAGAGAUAUUAUUGUACGAGUAUAAACUGGGACGUUAUAAUUUUCUCAAACCUGGCGAAGCUGUUACAGCAGUGAAAUACUGUCACGAAAUCGACAAAAUGUAUAAAAAAUUGAAAGAUUUAUGUCCAGUACUGGUCAAUCUAAAGGGACCACAUGUCUCACAAAUAACUGUUCAAAAACUCAAUCAGCUAGGAUACGAAACCUUGCCUCAUCCACCGUAUUCGCCGGACCUUUCUCCGACGUAUUAUCAUCUUUUCAAUCAUCUGGAAAACUUUCUGCGCGAGAAGAACUUCAAAACUCAAGCAGCAGCAGAAAACGCAUUUGAAGAGUUCAUCUACUCUAGAACACCAGAAUUCUAUAAUACUGGAAUAAAGAAACUUGUAUUACUUCGGCAGAAAUGCAUAGAAUCGAAUGGUUCCUAUUUUGAUUCAAUAACUUCAUUUUAA